AUGGGUACUGCUGUGACCAACUACUUCCUGGUGAACCUGUCAGCCGCUGAUCUGUUGGUGACGCUGAUCUGCAUGCCCAUGGCGGUCAGCGGUUCCGUCAGCAAGUUAUGGCUGUAUGGCAGCAUCAUGUGCAAGCUCACGCACUAUAUACAAGGUGUGGCCGUGGGCGCCAGCGUGUUCACCAUCACAGCCAUGAGCAUCGACCGCUACCUGGCCAUCAGACACCCUAUGGCUUUCCGGAAGAUAUUCAACCGGCGGACCACGAUCGCAGUGAUCGUGGUGCUGUGGCUGGCGGCGCUGGCCAUCUUCUCGCCACUGCUGCGCGCCUACUCGCUGGCAGAGGUCGCGUCCGGCUACGCGUUCUGCUACGAGAGCUGGCACGACAGCGAGAGGCGCGGCGCCAGUCUCGCCUUCUUCGUGCUGGUCUACGCCGUGCCUGGCAGCAUCGUCGUCAUGGCGUACUCGCUGAUGGGGCGACGCCUCUGCGCCAUCAGCCCCCCCUUCUCCGAGGACAGCAUGGCGUCCACCAAACAGGGCCGGAGCGUGGUGCGCGAGCGGCGGCGCGUCGCGCGCAUCCUGCUGCUGCUGGCGGUGCUGUUCGCGCUGUGCUGGCUGCCGUACAACGCGCUCUCGCUGGCCACCGACAUGCUGGGCGGGCAGGCGGGCGCGCCCCUGCGCACCGCCCUGCGCUUCACGCUGCUGCUGGGCCACGCCAACUCGGCCGUCAACCCGGUGCUCUACUGCUUCCUCACGCGCACCUUCCGCUCGGCGGCGCGCGAACUCAUCGUCUCGCGCAACUCCCUGCUCGCCUCGCGACACCACCAGAGGCACAAAAUUGUGGAGCUGCGAACGCCAGAGGAUGAGUGUUGGCAUUUUCCUUGCGCCAUCUUGUGGCCGCUCAUCCCGAGCUAUGGCUGCCAAAUUGCUGGUGCGGAUGUUCUGUUUCCGCCGCCUUCUGAUUGCAAGUGCCAGAGCUGUGGGUAG